AGAGGCGGCUCUGCCUGGGUUCUGGGGAGCGCAGGUCAGCAGGGCGGUGGCCAGGGCUGCGCUUUGGUGCGGUAGUUCCUCCCUGCCGGAAGAGGGCGCCGCGCCCUGCGGCCGAGGGAGAACAGACGGGGCGGAGGCGAGAACGCGAGUCCGCGGCGGGGGCUGACGCAUGCGCACCGCCUCCUGCUCCCGGUUCGACUCCCCUCGCUUCUUGGCCAGAGGCGCCGAUUGGACCCACGGGCAGAGCAUGAUGGUGGUGGGCACCGGCACGUCGCUGGCUCUGUCCUCGCUCCUGUCCCUGCUACUCUUCGCUGGAAUGCAGAUGUACAGCCGCCAGCUGGCCUCCACCGAGUGGCUCACCAUCCAAGGGGGGCUGCUGGGCUCCGGCCUGUUCGUCUUCUCGCUCACCGCCUUCAACAAUCUGGAGAAUCUUGUCUUUGGCAAAGGAUUCCAAGCCAAGAUCUUCCCCGAGAUUAUCCUCUGCCUCCUGCUGGCUCUCUUUGCAUCUGGCCUCAUCCAUCGGGUGUGUGUCACCACUUGGGUGGCUGUGAAGAUGGGACGAGAUAAUGCACAUUAAGUGCUCAUCGCUGUGUCUGGCUCAGGAAUCAAUCAAUGACUGUUGGCUGCUGGGUUCAUCUGUGUGCCCUGCCCAGCCCUGAACCAAUAACCAGGAGGGCGGAUGACUCAGCGUGGACAGCGCUCUGCGUGGGCAGAGAGGGACACGAUGCUGCUUACUAUGGACUCGGCCUUGGGCAAGCCACUGCCCUUUUACUGUUUGUUUGGACUUCCUCAUUCCAUCCCCGAGGAUAAAAAAUUAUCUACUGAGCACCAUGGGAAAACCAAAGUUGCCCUUGUUCCAUUCCGUGUAAUAACCAUCCGUCAUGCGUGGCUUACGUGACGCACUGAAGGCUUCUCCUUUCUCCAUGAAUGGUUUUAGAGUUAUGCCUUAGUAUCUCUCUUUUUUUUUUUCUUUUUGCUUUUUGGGUCACACCCAGCGAUGCUCAGGGGUUACUCCUGGCUUUGCACUCAGGAAUUACUCCUGGCAGUGCUUGGGGGGACCAUAUGGGAUGCCGGGGAUCGAACCCGGGUCGGCCGCGUGCAAGGCAAACGCCCUACCCGCUGUGCUAUCGCUCCGGCCCCCUAGUAUCUCUCUUUUUAAGUAGAGGGACAAGCCCUUCUCACGCUCUUUCCCAGCCUUCUUUCUGGGGAGAGUUAAUCCCUCAAGGUCAGCUCUACAGUGAGUGAGUAGAAUCUGUUGUUGUUUUUAAUUUAUUUAGUUUGGUUUGGUUUUUGGUCGCACCUAGUGAUGCUCAGUGACGCUCUGCAUUCAGGGAUCGCUCCUGGCAGGCUCAGGAGACCAUGUGGGAUUUGAGGGAUCACACCCAGCUUGGCAAGGGCCCUCCCCAGUGUAGUAUCUCUCCAGCCCCGAGUGAGUGGAACGUGAGGGGUAGAGCCGAUGCUCCAACUGUACAAAUAUCUGAACACCAAGGAGGACAUGGUGACAGCCUGAAGAUUUGAGGAGGAAACAGUGAAGGGCAGGAGUGGGGUUUGGAGAUGCCAGGCUUCUUGAGGGGGCACACCAAGUGGUGCCUAGGGCUUACUUCUGGCUCUGAACUAAGGAAUCACUCCUGGCAGGGUUUAGGGGACCACAAGUUCCAGGGAUGGAACUUGGGUCAACCGCAUGCAAGUACCGACUGCUGUACUAUCUCCAUGGCCCUAUAUGAUAUACUAUUAAUUAGGUAAUUUAUUAGUAUACCAUUUCAUUUAACUAUACACCUGGAUUGCAUGAAAAUUUCUGGGGCAGGGGCUGGGGCAAAAGCACAGCAGGGAGGGUGUUUGCCUUGCAUGCGGCCAACCCGGGUUCGAUUCCCAGCAUCCCAUAUGGUCCCCUGAGCACCGCCAGGAGUAAUUCCUGAGUGCAGAGCCAGGAAUAAAGUCUGAACUUCACUGGGUGUGGCCCCCAAAUCGAAACAACCAAACACACAAAACAAAAGGUUAAGGUUUCCCCCUUGUAUCCACAGAUCCUCGUUCAAAUCUUGGCAUCAUAUAUGGUCUCCCGACCGUGGCCAGGGCUCUCUCUGAGCACAGACCAAAGAGAGCCUCUGAGUAGGACUCUUGGAGUAUGGUAUGGACUAACAUUACCACCUCCACUCCCCCCCCCAAAAAAAAAAAAAGAUUUGCCAUCACCCGAAUAGGAAGUGUGACCCCUCCAAGAGUGAGUGAACACCACCGUGAUCCCUGGCAAGCAGAACAACCACCCUGGGCUUGCUCAUAAAUCAAGAGCAGCAACCGUGUGAGCGUGGCUGGGAGCACAGGGAAAGGAAUCCAAGCCUUGGGAAGGAGCAGGGGCGAGCAUGGCAGCGCUGCCACUGCCAGGUGCUUGUGCCACUCCCGGUCACCGAAGCAAUAACCAGGGAAGAGGAUAAGAGAAAAUAAAAAUCCACUGGGGCCAGAGACCAAGAUCAAAGAACAGGCGCUGCACCAGGUGUUCUAGAUUUUUUUUUUUUGUUCUUCAAGGGGACACACCUGGUAGUGCCCAGGGCUUACUCCUGGCAGUACUCAGGAGGCCAUAUUAGGUGCUGGGGAUCAAACCCAAGUUGGCUGUAUGCAAGACAAGUGCCUUACCAGCUGCACUAUUUCUCCAGCCCCAAGGUGAUUUGGAUAUUUUUUUUGUGGGGGUCACACCCGGCAAUGCUCAGGGGUUACUCCUGGAUCAUGCACUCAGGAAUUACUCCUAGCGGUGCUGGGGGGACCAUAUGGCUGCAUGCAAGGCAAACGCCCUACCUGCUGUGCUAUCGCUCCAGCCCCAGUGCUUUGGGUUUGAUCCCAAUACCGCUGAUCCUGAGCACUGGCAGGACCUUUGAGCACCUGACCACUGCUAAGGUGACACCCAUGGACAGACAAACACAGACAAAGUAUAAGGCCACUCAUUUCACAAAGCAUUUAACGAGAAACAAUAGCUCCUUGCUCCACUUCACUCACCUGGAUACGCAUAUUCCUACAUACAAAACAAGAAACUCUUGUUUCUUGGCUGCAUCUUCUGUUUUUGUUUUGAGGCCACACCCAGCGAUGCUCAGGCUUACUCCAGGCUCUGUGCUCAGGGAUCAUUCUCAGAAGGGCUUAGGGACCAUAGAGGGUGCCAGGAAUGGAACCUAGUCGACUGCAUGCAAAACAAGCACCUUUCCUGCUGUAUUACCUCUCCAGCCGCACUGGCUGAAUCUUUCGGCUCUUUUCUCUGUGUUUGCAAAUAGUGUUGUAAUUUUUUUUUUCUAUUUUACUGCCGGCUCUGAAAACAUGAGGACUGAGAAUGUUGUUCUCUGUAAUCCAAACACUGCUACUGUAUCGUUCACCUCUCCCAUGUUUCAAUUUAAGUAUAUUCCAAUUUUUAGAUAAAUCAAUACCCAGUAUUUACAUUCUUAUGUCUGUGAAAAUAUUUUUCACAGCUAAGUGUAGUGUUUGUAGUAAGACUGUGAAUCUGUGAAAACCGCUCUUAAUUAACAUCUAGAACAAGGAGCUGAAACUCUUUGUUCUCUAAAAUCAUAGCUAGUCCCAAACUUUGCUAUUUGUACUUAGUGAAAAUGAGAUAGUUCACUUCUUGCCCAGAGGUCUGAGUCAUGAGGAUUACUUUGGCAUGAGAAACAGACUUGACUCUUUUAUUCUUUUUGGUUUUUGGGCCAUAUCCAGUGGUACUCAGGACUUAAUCCUGGCUCUGUGCUCAGGGAUCACUCCUGGUGCGGCUCAGGGGAACCAUAUGGGGUGCUGGGGAUCAAACCCAGGUUGGCUGCAAGCAAAGCAAGUACCUUCCCUGAAGUCCUGUUCUCUCCGGUCUUUGAUUUUCACUUUAGGUGCAAAGCUUAAGAUAACGGAGUGUGGAAGACAAACGGUUCUGCAUUUAUCUUAGUGAUGUAGUUAUUUAUUACACAAUUGCAACUAAUUCAUUUUCUUAAUUUUGUAGUUUUCAACUAGAUCCUCAGCCAACUCAAGUCCAUGUUUGUUUUGAUUCUACCUUUCACUUACAUCACUCUUACUUUGAACCAAAACACUGUUUCAUUUAAAAGUUACCCAAACGCAAACUUUCCCAUGUUCUGUAAUGACCUGCUUUUCCCUUUGUCUGAGCCGCUUACCAUUGCCCUGGUGUGUUCUGUCUUGCAGCAAUAAGUUAAUCAAUAAAUCUGUCCAACUACA